AAAAUCCACAGUUCUUCAUAUUUCAGCAGUUCGGGGUGCAAGUUUGGUGCUGGCAAAGUGAUUUCAAGGCCAAGUAAGAAGAGAGAACUCUGGCCACAAACCUCUCAAGGGGAAUACAUUGUGAGCGCUUACUUGGACAAACAUUUCUCCAAGGAGUCGCUCAGCCCAUGCCGCCCGCCCUGAGGGACUGAACCCGUGCCAUGGGGCCGCCCGGGGGCCUGCUGGGCGCGGGGCAGGGGCCCCUGGCCCUGUGGGGCAGCCUGGCGGCUGUCGCCACCUUCCUCCUCGUCACCUUCCUCAUCCUCCUGUGCUCCGGCUGUGACAGAGAAAAGAAGCCAAGACAACACAGUGGGGAUGAUGAGAACCUGAUGAACGUGACUUCUGACAAGGAGAUGUUCAGCCGCUCCAUUACCAGCCUGGCCACGGACGCCCCCAUCAGCAGUGAGCAGAACGGGGCGCUCACCAACGGAGACAUUCUCUCCGAGGACAGCACGCUGACCUGCAUGCAGCACUACGAGGAGGUGCAGACCUCGGCGUCCGACCUGCUGGACUCGCAGGACAGCGGCGGGAAGCCCAAGUGCCACCAGAGCCGGGAGCUGCCGCAGAUCCCCCCCGAGGGCGCGGUGGGCGCGCUGCGGGCCGACGGGGACCCCGCGCCGGGCCUGGAGGGGCCCUACGAGGUGCUCAAGGACAGCUCCUCCCAGGAGAACAUGGUGGAGGACUGCCUGUACGAGACGGUCACGGAGAUCAAGGACGUGGCGGCCCCGCCCGGCAGGGGCCCCCGCGCCCGGCCCAACGCGGCACCCAGGGGCGCGGCCGGCGCGCACCCCGACGGCAGGGCGGACUUCGCCGAGUACGCGUCGGUGGACCGCAACAAGAAGGGCCGGCAGAGCGCGCCCCCCGACAGCACCCCGGGGGGCGCCGAGCCGGAGGACGAGCCCCCGCCGCCCGUGCCCGCCAAGCUGCUGGACGAGAACGAAAACCUGCAGGAGGAAGAGGAGGAGGAGGAGGAGGAGGAGCAGGGGAGCGCAGGCCCCGAGGGCGGCCCGGAGGAGGCCGAGGGCGCCAACAAGAGAUUCAGUUCAUUGUCAUACAAGUCCCGGGAAGAAGACCCAACUCUCACGGAAGAAGAGAUCUCAGCUAUGUAUUCGUCGGUGAACAAACCUGGACAGCCAGGAAAUAAAUCAGGACCAUCGCUUCAAGUGCCAGAGGCCACCUACAGUUCCAUCGAGGGAGCCACCCAGAGAUCUCCCUCUUCAUGCAGUGAUCUCUAUGCCACUGUUAAAGACUUUGAGAAGAUGCCCAGCAACAGCGUCAGCGUGAUUUCCCCCCCUGGAAGACUAGGUGAGGAGCUAGAGCCCCACUACGAAGCCAUCCACACUCUGAGUAGAGAAGAAGAAAAGGCCCCCCCGGAAGCCAACGGCCUCCAGAGCCUCUUCCCAAAGGAGAAUGACUAUGAGAGCAUCGGGGACUUGCAGCAGUGCCGAGACGUCACCAGGCUCUAG